AAGGAUUCUGAAGGCGCGAGGGAACUCGGAAGGCGUUGCCACUGGUGACUGGCGUUGCUCGGUGGCUGCUACCUGCUGCUGCGAUUCCGGCGCAUCUGCGGUCGCAGCUACCUCGUGGUGUGUCAGCUUGGUGAUCGAAGCCGCUGUCCACGCUCGCGGCAUGAGCGCUGGAUACCCUCAGGCCGCGCUCUUGGAGAUGUCCAAGGUUGGGGAGACGCCAACACCUCAGGACGUCGCCGACUACGGGGAGCCACGCAAGUUUGACCCUGGUUUUAAGGGACCCCUCAAAAACCGGAGCUGCACAGACAUCAUCUGCCUCUUCUUGUUUGUCUUCUUCCUUUUUGGAUGGGCCAUUGUUGCAUUCUUUGCAUAUCGCAAUGGCAAUCCUGAGCGCCUCAUCUACCCUACUGACAGCGAUGGGAACAUAUGUGGGCAGCCGCCUUAUGAGGACAAGCAGUACCUGUUCUUUUUUGACAUCACUCAAUGCCUGAAAAGGGCCUACAAGCCAGGUGACCUGUUGCCUUCGCUCAUCUGCAACACACCACAGGUGUGCGUGUCACAUUGUCCCAACGAGACUUUCUGGGUUGACAAUGCCAAAAAGGAGAAAGAAGACCUCAUUCGUUCCAAGCUCAUAUGCCAGUAUGGCGUGGACCCACUGGAUAAGAAAAGCACUCUUGAGGAACUGACUGGAAAGGACCAAAAGUGUGCUUCUUAUUAUCUCAAGAGCAGUAGUGUUGCCAGGAGAUGCCUUCCUGGAAGGCUGGAGCUUGAUGCCAACGGAAAGGUCAAGGAUAUGAUCAACGACAAUGGGAUUGUUGAAGCGGUCUCAGCUAAAGGGCUUGCUAAAAAAACCAAGAACUCUAUUGAACUGAUUCUUGCAGGCCUGUCGAGUGCUAAAGAUGUUGGUGAACUUGCUUUCCAAGACUUCAAGACUGCAUGGCCUCACAUGCUCAUUGGGCUUCUGUGUGCCAUGCUGGUGGCAUUCCUCUGGAUUGCUCUCAUGCGCUGGUUGGCGGCUGUCAUGGUUUGGCUCAGCAUCCUCUGCCUGGUGCUGCUCUUCUCUUUUGGCUCCUACUACAGCUUCAGCAAGUAUGUGGAGCUGCGCAACAGCAUGGACAGUGGCAGCGAGAACCUCAUCAAGCAGUUUGAUGUGUCCGUCUCAUUUACACAAAAUCUGCGAGCCUACUCUGCCAACAAGAACACGUGGCUGGUUCUGGGCAUUGUAUCGGUUGUGAUCCUGGUCGUUCUACUGCUGCUGCUCAUCUUCUUGCGAAAGCGUAUCGUGAUUGCCAUUGCUCUCAUCAAGGAAGCCAGCAGAGCGGUUGCCCUCAUGCCCUCGGCACUUUUCUUUCCCAUCCUGCCAUACCUGCUGCACCUGCUGUUGUUCGCUUUCUGGGGCUCGGUGGCAGUAUACCUUGCCUCCAGUGGCACUGCUGAAUUUAAGUACAUGAACAUGACUGAUGGAAAUAACAGCAUGACUACACAAAGCUGCUCUGCAAAGGACUUCAACAAGACACUGUCUCAGCUGCGGUGUCAGUUCACGCAGUAUGUGGCCAACCAGCACCUGUCACGACUUCAGAUCUACAACUUCAUUGGCCUCAUCUGGGGCAUGUUCUUCAUAGUGGGGCUGGGCCAGGUGGCUCUGGCUGCGGCCUUUGCCUCCUACUACUGGGCCUUCCGCAAGCCACAGGAUGUGCCUUUCUUCGCUGUGCUUAAUGGGCUCUGGAUCACUGUCCGGUACCACUUGGGAUCGGUUGCAUUUGGCUCCCUCAUCCUGACCAUAGUCCGUGUCAUACGAAUUGUGCUCGAGUACAUUGACGAGAAACUCAAGAAGUAUGACAAUGAGUUCACCAGGUGCCUCAUGAGAUGCUGCAAGUGCUGCUUCUGGUGCCUUGAGAAAUUCCUCAAGUUCUUGAACAAGAAUGCCUACAUCAUGAUCGCUAUUUAUGGCAAGAACUUCUGCACUUCUGCAAAGGAGGCCUUCAAAUUGCUCAUGCGCAAUGUGGUGCGGGUGGUUGUGCUUGACAAGGUCACGGACCUCUUGCUGCUUGUUGGGAAGCUCGUCAUUGUUGGCAUUGUUGCGGUGCCAACGUUCCUGGUGUUUUCUCGCAAGGUGGAUGCACUCAACAACCACCUGCCUGAACUCAACUACUACAUGCUGCCCAUUCUGACUAUCUCUGUGGGUGCGUACAUCAUAGCAUCAAGCUUCUUCAGCGUGUACAGCAUGGCUGUGGACACCCUGUUUCUCUGCUUCUUGGAAGAUUGCGAGAGGCACGAUGGAUCUGAAGAGAAGCCAUACUACAUGUCCAAAGAGCUGAUGAAGAUCCUGGGAAAGCAGAACAGGCUGCAAGAAGCAGACAAGUGAUUGCCCUGGUCCUUUCUUGAAAUUGUGCUCUGGUUUGCUCAGCUGCAGAAAGCCCAUUUUGCUUAGCAUUGACAUGUACACAUGAUUCCAGAACUCUGAAAAUGCGCCAUGAGUGCAAGUAGAUCGCUUUAGCUUGAAGACAGAAAAUUUGCAAUGCCCUGUGCUGGAAAGAGGGAAAAAAAAAGAAGAUAGUAAUUAUCUGCAGAUACAAGAAAAAGCACUUUUCAUGGCCAGUAAGCCGGUGUAAUUCUUUUGUGCACAGCAUUAUUUGUAUUGGAUGUUGCAUCAGAGCACGUUGCAUAAGGCAUGUCGCUCUGAUUUCUGCAACUUUCAAUGUGCAAUAGGUGUUGUAUUGCAUGCAUGUGUUGUUCUGAUGCCUUUGUAUUUCAUUCAUGCUUGGUCACUCAUUUAACAAGCGCACAAGGCUGCACUGCCAUUCAUACUUCAUUUUCAUUGAAACAGAGACCAUGUGCUGGAAAGGUAUCGACGUUUGUCAGCUCUGUUAAUUUAUGUAGCCACAUGUAUGCAUACUAGCAAAACAGUUUUGUCCUAAAAGUUCUCGAAUAGAACUUUUAAAAACUUUGAUUCAACACUCUCUGAAGAAAUUGCCCUUUUUCUGUUGGAAGUGAUCUUGCUCGCAUUCAGUGUGCUGUUCUGAGCAUUCCUUCUGGUCUCAAAUGUGACUACAAAAUACCUGUACCACCACUGCGAGUUUCCUGGUGUCAUUAUAUUAGGUAACCUUGACAGCUUUAUGCCAUAUCUCAUUUAAGUUAGGAGAACUGAAUGCGGUGUUAAAUUGUGCAACUCUUAUGAUGGUAUACUGCCUUAUGCAAAAUAGUUGCCACAUGGAUGUCCAGACAUCAAGGCAGCAAUAUCGGGGGGAGGGGCACCUGCGAUGGAAGUUUCAAAGUUUAGAUCAACCGAUUCAUCUUGUGGCACAAAUUUGGGGUGUGCGACAGCUCUGGCAUCAAAAAUAUGUGCCGCACUAUGAAUGACUGUCAUCUUUUGCUGUGGCUAGUUACCCUCAAGCCAGCAUAUUGAAGGUGCACGUCUGGUAUUACAUUAGCACACAUUGUCCCCCAUCAGAAAUUGGUUCCAGUGGGUUUCAGGUGAAAUUGACAUGAAUUUUUUUAUUUGUACAAACAUUGCUGGUAGAAAAAGGUCAUGGACCCAUUGAUUUUGCCGUGUGAUCUAGCACUUUGUCCCUUAUUGGUGUGGCAUAGUCAGGGCCCAGUGUCAUCCUCCAGCUAUAUGCUGAGUGAAAAGUGCUUCACACGGAUAUUCAUUUCCAAAAUAAUGCCACACUUUCCAUGGCAUUUCACAUGGCGUGUCUGCAUGAUUUGGCUUAGACGCACUGCUGAAAAUUGACAUCUGCUCUUUCACAGGUAAGUUCAGUGCUAACAAGCUGGUUAUGUUAUUUCACUGCCUUGGAUGCAAGUACAGUAAGAUCUCACUAAUUUGAAAUCUCUAAAUUUGUAUUGACAAAUAAUGCGUACUACACAGCUGGUUUCAGUGAAGCCUCAUGCAUUUCAAUAGACGAAAACUACCAUGAAUUGAAGCGUUUAAGAACCGCCCAGUGUCUAUUUCCAACAAAAUUUAUUGCGCCUAUGGGACUGCCUUUUAAAAAAAGUCUCGUACUAUUACCUCUCGCAUCAUCCGGUUUCCUAAAGUUUGGGAUAACAUGACCAUCUUGAUCACACGACUGUCCUGCUACGUGUGUGCUGUCUUUCUGCAUGUGAGGUGCAGAAAGGCAGUGCACACGUAGAUACCAGCAGCUCGUCUUGCUCGACCUUUUAACCCUCCACGAAAAGAAGCAAGGGCUGACUCUUGCUGUCCUGAACCCUGCCACUGCUCCAUCACGUGCCCAGACACAUGCCUGUCUUUGCCACUGUUGCUAUGGCACCCACGGCGGCAGUCUCGAGUAGAUGUGGCCGUUUGGUUGGCAGAGGUAGCAGACGCCCGCUCAAUCCAUACGUUGGCUCAGAGCUCCUCUUCUAUCUUUUUUAUUCUCCUACUCCCUUCCCUGUGCACCAUGCUCCCUUAGGGGCUGCAACUUGAGCAUUUCCGAACAGUGAUCCCUUUGGUUGGCAUAGAUGAGGGCCAUGCCCUGCCAUGCCCUCCAUGCAUUUACAGUGCGGUCAGCAGUUUGGCCUCACUCCUUUUACAGUGCAGCUGUUUAUGGCUAGGGUCUGGGGGAGGAGUUUCGGGGCAGGGGAAGCAGCAUUUCUGCCAUUGUGGGGCGAGGGGCUUGAGCUGAGCACGCUCCUACCAUUCAUGGGGUUCAUUGCUCUCUCAGUCGGGUCUCGCUAGCUUGUUCGUGGCAGCAGGAGGCAUAUGGCUGUCCUAUGGAGGCUAGAAAAAUUUGCCAAACGUUUCUAGCCUCUUUGCCAUCGCGGCCUCCUGUGCAACCAGUGUAGCCGCAGUGGAGAGGCACGUUCGAUGAGUAGCACCCAGCAUACUUGAGAAGCUGACUGCAAACGGCAAGCCAGGUGGUGCCCAGAAAACGUAGAAGGAGUGCAGCAAGCCACACUGAACAGAUGUCGAGGCAAAGUGUGCUCAAGAUGCCGAGCGUGAGCAGCAGUUCAGGCAAUACACGACAAACUCUGACCAUGUGAGAAAUCCCGAAUGCAUGUGGGUAGCCAGGCAGAACGAUGACGACGGGGAGUACUCAAGACGCCAAGCAGGAAGCCACAGAAAACAACCCGUGCCCCGAAGCGGAGAAUGUGGCAAAAAGUGAAGGCCGAUAAUUUAGUCGGAUAUAUGAAUGCAUAAAAUGAGGUCCUAAAGAGAUAUACUGAGUAUGGGAUUGGAAUUCCAGCCUCUGAAGCUGAAUGACCAGCGAAGCACUACCCCACUUUCUGCUUGCGCUCAGCGCCUGAAGUACAUCUCGCCUCCACGCCUUCUUCGUUCAGUCUGGCUUGUUGCUCACAUUCGCUGUUUCUCGCACGGUUUUGUUUGACAAGGUUCAGCUUCACUGGUCAUCCACUUCCACAGGGUUUAAAGACAGCGUAAUUUUUUCUACAUAUAUCUUUCCCCAAAUAAACAACCACCAUGUGGCACACUCUUCUCUAACAACUGCAACCGUCCCUCUCCCUUCUGAGAAAAAAAAAAGCCUGCCUGCACUAAUCUGUAGGUGUGGGCUAAGACAGCACAUGCAGUGCCCUUCCAGAAACUUGGCUCAGGUCAUUGGGUGCUGUAUUCCAAAGGGCUCUCUCUAGUUCUAACUCAAUUUUAUUUGAACAAAUUUCCAGUGUUCUUGGAAGCAUAAAUCCUUGUUUAUGCUGCAAGGAAGUUCCACUGUAUAUAGUUGGAAUAACUUGCAUUGGUUGAGAUGGGCAGUAGUUCCAAAACAUUAGAGUCAAAGCAGUAUUGAAGCAAGUUCUAAAUGUGCAUUAUGAAACUGCCUCUGACAGUGUGUUGUUGCAGUAUUCUGUGAUGUGAAGGCCAGGCAGGUGACCACGAGUGAGUGUACAAGGCCAUGACUGCUUUUGGCAUUUUUUGGGUAAAUGUAUGUUGCCAAAUUGCCUUCCUGUCUACAGAAGAUGCAUUUGUAACUGGCACAUGGUGAGAUGUCAUAUUGGAAAGAAAUGUGGUCCUUGUUUAUGCUGCACCAGUGGAAAAAGAAACGACGUAUUUGCAUUUAAAGUCUGUAAUUUUCCUUGUUCUGAGGCUGAAAUUUUGAAGAAAAAGGUUCCACGAGUGGAACUUUUCAAUGCCAAAAUGUUGCCACGUGCAAUGAUUUCUGAUAAUGAUCGUUUUCUUGCACAGCAUCGUUUUGAACUCUGUUCUGUCAUUGGGUCAUUAGUGCAUUGGUGCUAUGUGCUUACGAAAUCAGUGGGCUUGCUUUAUCAGUUGAUACGCAUGUUGCGAGGCAUUAAUGUUGUUAAACGUUCGGUGUUACGGGUGUAAAUACCGGACUGGUAAGGGUGCAGGCACCUGUAUUGUCUACCCUCAACUACGUAUGCUGUUUUUACCACAGCACCAUUGAAUAAUCUGUGUGUCUGCCGAACAACACAGUCACAUAAACGUGACACUAUAUUGCAGUACAUGAGAUUUUGAUUUGUCGGUUUGCGCGAAUAGUUUGCUAGUAGAUCCCCUUUUUUUUGUAUUCGUGCAAUGUACAGUCUAUUUUUCAAACGACACUGUAGUAUCAUCAAUCACAGAGCUUUGUGGGAAAUGAGGUGCUCAAUAAUAAAGCCAGGGAUAAGCUACCUUAGGGCAUUUGAUUGUGCAGGUGUUGACGGUCUAGGUGCCUCUUCAGCUGUGUCCUCAUUGCCUUUUGUGGUGAAAAAAAGGGAUGGUGAAACUGGCUAUGUCUAACGAAAGAGACUUAUUUUUGAUAACACGGUCAUAAUUCAUACUUGGCUGUGCAUUGCUGAGCCAAAGCCAGCGUCGGGGCACAUGCUGCUGUUGUGCACCGUAUUGUUGUCACCUGGGGGAGUAAAAGCGCUUGUGGGACAUUUCCUAUGUGCUGACAGAUUAUGCAGUGCGUGGAAGCACAUGCAACCUUGCAGAAAGCAUUUACACACCAAUACACCGAAAUCAUUUUAAAGAUAGACAAAAUUUAAUAUACAGUGUCCCCCGAUCAUGGCCACUGUUGUCUGCUGCAGGAGCCUAAAGCCAAGGCCAUACAUUUGUAAUGUGGCGAUGUGAUUUUACUUUGUGUAGGAAUCCAUUUGUGUUCAACACCAAGUUCAGCAUUAACAGCACACUUUUGACGCAUGCAAAUGGUAACUGUUCGUGGCAGUGUUUGGUAAACUUGCACAAAACUUGCAUGAGUAUGAGAGUACAGCGGCGGCAUGAUAUGCCAAGUGAACCAAUAUGCGGGGGUGGAACAGCUGCGCCGCUUGCACCAUCCAUUUGCACCAUCCUGCGCCAAACUUAUUUAUCAGCGCCAUACUGCGCUGCAGCGCCCGCAUUUUGCCGCAAAGUGCGACAGCCAUCAAGCCCCGUGCCCAAAAACGUGGCUGAAACAUUGUGUUUUCGGUUUCAUCAAGGCUGUGAUCGGCUAUGGAGGUUGGCUGAACAGGCGCUACGCACCACUGAUGAAAAAAAAAAAAGGACGGAGGUUUCACAAGUGUUGGGACCAAGCGCUGUGGGUGUUUUUUUUCCUUUUUUUGUGUGUGCUUUUAAGCUCAUUACACCAAAGUGUCUUUUGUGUGAAACAAUAUACCUUAUUGUGCGGAAUGGUCUUUUGUGUCCAAUAUUGCAUAGUACUGCAAUAACAAAACGUCAGAACUAUUUUGUAGUUCUGAAGAAGUUUAAACCAGAAGAAACCUUCCAGGAUAUGAGCAUAUUUCUCCAGGCAUUGUACUACCUAGCAUGACUGCGGCCAUUAGGAAAAGAACAACACGAACGUGUGUACAGCUGCCCAUUUUUUAACCUGAAUGCGCGAGCGUUGACCGCCGAGCUGAUAAGCGCUGUAUGAUGGAGUGCAACUGGGAAAUGAACGAGAAUACGAGCAUGCGCACAGUGAACAGUCCGAUGCAGCUUCGUCUGCCAGGCUGUUAUGUGAAUUGGACUUAAUCCCACCUGCAUUUAUGUCCAGUUUGUUUUGUUUGAACUGGCAGAUAUCUUUUUUGCCUCAGGAAAGUGCUGCGUGAACCACAGGAAAAAGAAAGAAAAAAUGCUGAUAAGCGCGUAGUAUAAUCAGCGGGUGUAUAUCACAUCCCAUCCAUUUCACACGCGACCACGUGGCCUUUCUUUUAUAACUUCUUGGCAGCUUUCAGAAAAGAAAAAAAGGAUGGGGGAUAACUGUGCUUAAAAGAAGUGGGGGUGGUGUCCGGUUCUCAGAACAGCCUAGCAAAGACAGACUCAUCGAGUACACACGCAUAUUCUCGUUCAUUUUGCUGCUGAGCUCCAUUAUACGGUGCUUAUCGACUCGGUGGUUGACCCUCGUGCAUUCAAGUUAAAAAAUGGGCAGCUGUACAUAGCUAAAUAGGGCUAUUGCACAAUUUACCUUAGUGCUUGCCAAAUGCAGCAUUGGACAAACGUUGCUUCACAAGUGCUGUGAAAAGGGUCUACAUCUGCUCUGAACAUUCUCUCUGACCGCUCCAAACUUGCUCGAAAAGGCAUUUCUGUAUACUCCAAGCCUGCUACAAAAGGCACUUUUGCCUGCUCCCAGGACUGCUCCCAAACCCAUGCUUCCUGUUCCACCCCCGCAUAUGUGGCAAUGUAAUUGAGUCCUGUUGCACUGUGAUAAUCAGUUUGCUUGACACUAGCGCAAAUGUAAAGAAGCAGCUCUCGGCUUGCAAAGAGCUUGCGUGUGUCUAUAUAGAUGCGCGUCACUACUGUUGUAUACCUCAAAGACUGCUCCAUAGAACAUUACUGGGAUGAAGCAGUUUCGCUUGGAAACACCGAUAGCGAUCGCAGCGUGUUCAGUGGCAUCAGUUGUGGGAAACAGGAGUGCCCUGGACUGUGACUGGAGCACCCUUUAAAAAAAGAUCACUUGGAGUGUCCCUAUAAUUGCAGGAGAGCUAUACCUGAAGGCUUCUUUCGAAUAGAUAUGUGCGUUUGUGUUUAGCCUUAACACUAGGGUACUGAUGUGGGCUUUGUCAUCGGGAACAUAGUGCAGAAACAAACAGGCACAACAAGUGACAAAGAAACACAAGCAUUAACUUCCUGUAACGAAAUUUAUUUUCGGGAUUGGUCACACUUUUCAGCACACACAUCGAUAUCGGGGCCUUUCUAGGGAGCACAGAAACAGUCAAAGAUGGACUUGGCUUUUCUCUGCAAAACGUGUGCGUGUUUACCUUUCUCUGUCAUUGUUUAUGGAAGUGAAUGGGCACCUAUAAGAUAAUUGUAAAUUAAGCGCAUGCAAUCUGCCGCCAACUAAUGCAUGAUCAAACCUUCAAUGCAAUCGUUUGCCAAAGGAAUGGAUUCCUUGAGGAGUGAAUUCAUCUACAGUGUAAUAUCGGGGGUUUUCUUGUGUUUUUGGUGCUGUAUUAGUUUUAAAAUUGCAUCCAUGUUGUGGCUUUCAACCAAAGUAGCCAUGUAUUGUGGGGGUGCUCAAAAUAAAUCAUUGUUGAGAUCAGAGUUUGGAGUUUAUUUAUGCAAAGUUCAUUCCAUUAGUGCGCUAAAUUUCUAGAAUAAUUUCAGCCGCUUUCGGCAAAGGAAGAUGGAUGACCUCUGCCUCCCCGUAACUGACAAUUUUUAAAUGGGAGCUUGCAUGAACUGCGGCCAUUUUGUUGUCUUAGCCAGUCGAGCCUGUGUACUAGGAAGCAGCUCUCGCUCGAACGGUGGUGGCGUGAUGGUGCACUGUGCAGUCCGCCUUUUUCACGACACCCGCGCAUACGCUCUCCCCUAGCGAAAAAGUUGCGAAAUGUCUCAUCAUCUCGGAGGCCUUGCUUCUGGCAAUCCCGAUUGCCCCGGCCCCUACCAAACCCCUACCAAAAUAGCAGAGGGCCGCACAGGAAUAUGAAAGAGGUGGGUUGUACGCUGUAGCAGAGGCCUCGCGCAGACAAGCGAAGCACGACCACCAAUAGCCUCCGCGACUAAAGAAAUAGUCCUGCUUAUGACGGCGCCUUAUGACGUCAGUCUGCAGUGAACGCCCAUUGGUGCACGCUUUGAGGAGGGAACGCUGCAGAGUUCUAUCAAAUCUUGUCCACUGCAAAAAUCUGUGUUAAAGACAUAAAGUGAAGUGCUAUAGCAAUUCUAACUAUUGUGACUGAUUCUAUGAUUAUAUCUUCAUUAUUAAUAGACAAAAUUAAUGUCGGAGUGUCAUUUUUUAAUUUUGCACUAAAACUUUAUUACCUGUGAUGUCAGGCCGACAAGCGGGCAUGAAGUUUUCUUUUUGGUCACAUUGGCAAAAUGGAAUUUCAUGAAUCCUGCUAUGUGACAAUGUAAUUCUGGUAAACAAAUGUAGGCACUAACAGACGUCCUCAAUGUCCCGUUCGUGUGGGAAAGUCAUUGCGCGUUUACUCACCGACAAAGAGUGGUUUCUGAAGGGGUAAUUUACUAACAUAAUCUUUUUUUUUUGUUAAGUGUGCCUUAACAGAACAUGUUGAAGUUAAUGCAGAGCCUUCCAUUACUGGAAACCUUAUGUUUUAUGCAUAAAUACCCAAACAAUUAUUUCGUUUUGUGGGUUGAAAGGAACUUUGGGCCAGUGGAACAGGAGGCACACUUCCCCAUGUGAGUGGAACACUAAGCUUGUGCUGAAUGCAUAACAGGGUUCUAUUGGGUAGUAAGAAUAAUUAAUCGAAUGUUGAGGCCGCUUUUGCUUAUGUCUCAAACACUGCAAUAUUGUGCAAAGCUUUCUUGAACGACAUACAUGUGGAAUAUGUGUAGGGAAAGUGUUUUGUAGUGUAUAAGGCCUUAUGUCACUGGACAAAAAACAUUUGGUGCCCUCUAGAGGUGAAUGAUCAAAAAGUGAACUUCAUUAUCUUGAAUAUUUUGAAGGGUCCCACAACACUUUUUCAUGUUAUAUACCCUCGAAUAGCUAUCAGAGUUUCUUAAGGCAAAAUCCUUGCGUCUCAUGCAGAUGUGACGAACAAAAAGCCGGUGUGAGCAAAAUAAGUCUGUCAUCGUGAGCUGCGCAUUCAUUUCGCCUUUGCAGCGUUUGCGUGACUAAACGCAAUGAAAAAAAGCAGUGGGUGUGUCUCGCUGCAGUGGGUGUGUCCCCCAGCCUGAACACAUGGGGAGUCAGGACCCCCUGACACCCCCACCGAUUUAUGCCAGUGCUGUGAGGGAGCCUGUGAGUUCUUUCCGCAAAAAUUUUUCGUAUCGGUCAAGUAUGAGUGGAGUUGCAGGGAUUUGUCGCCGAGAUCAUACAGCUUUUUCUCAUUAGUCCCAACGAGCACACUAGAAGCUUUACAGGGAGGGAUGACACGGGGGAAAAAAGCUAGGUCAGUGCAUGACCUAGCUUCUACACUACAAUGACCUUGAGAACCAUCAGUUUUUUGUUUUAUUUACGUGUUCACAUAUUUCCAGUAUAAUGACAAACGUGCCACUAAGGUCCCUAAAAUAGCUUACGUGCCACCGGCACCGGGCAGCACAGUGUAGCGAUCACGGUAACUAUUCAGCACUUGAGACACUAUUGUGCGAAAAUGUGAGGCGUCAGUAGCUACUGUCGUAGUGGGUUCAGUACAAGACAAGGGACCAAUUCAAGCACGAAGUGUUUGAAAUAGCACUGGUGUUGUCUGCUGAGUGCUGCUUCACAUGAAUGUAACAGAAAACGAAACAGUAAGUGAAGUAAGCUUUGAAGGUAAGACUUGUAGAUAUUUUAUUUGUUGAACUCGAAACAGAUCAACAUUACUGAGGUUAUUUUGCAAUGAUGAAGCCAGCAAAUGACCAGGUCCUCCCUUCGACUACGUAGUUUGCCUAGAGAGACUGCGAUUGUUGUUGAAGUGAACUUGUGAGGUCCCUGCGGCGUCCAGUGCAGUGAUACUUGGCUCGCAUGUUCACAGCAGCCCUGACUACUGACAUGCAGCCUUUACUAUUUUCAAACAGUUUUUCAGCGCCUCUGUCCUGAACCCCCCCCCCCCCUUGUGCUUGGUGGAAAAAAAGUGAAUCAUGACGAGUGGGCGAAGCUCUGGGUAUCGUAUGGGUGAGUAACCGUACGUUACCCGAGCGUUACCCCAUAUAAUGUAAAUUGAGUUACAUAAAGAGUCGACGACAAAGCUAGGUCCUAAGGUCCAUAAUGUCUAUGUUGAAGUCGCCGACUAGUAUAAAGGGUUUGUGCUUGUAGGUGUUUUAUAUUGUUCCGUCACAAUUAUAAUUGAUGUUCAUCUAUUGUAAACCUUUUUUUUAUUCACAUACACACGUUUUGACUGUAGCAGCGGUUUUCUAUAUACCAUGACAGCGGACAGUGAGAGCCGACGACAAAGCUAGGUCUUAAGGUCCAUAAUGUGUACGUUAAAGUCACCAACUAGAAUAAAGGGUUUGUGCUUGCAGGUGUUUUAUAUUGUUUCGUCACAAUUAUGAUUGAUAUUAGUCUAUUCUUAAACCUGAUGUUUCGAUUUCACACAGUGCUGUGUAAGCACGGACACGGACGCCAAACAAAUGGACGGACAUGCCUUGACCUUAAGGUGCUUCGCCCCUAAAAAAAGAAACACAGCAGAAAGCAGACGCUGCUGCGAGAUUUGGCUGCUACUCAGCCAAAUCUUGCAGUCGGGCACGGCAAGGAGCGCUCAAUAGUAUGCUAAAAUUCCACAGUAGCCACACUUGCACACAUCAGAAUUGCACCGGGAUCGCGUGUCAUGACGCGCGCGUCUGCUUCUUUCCCUUUAACUAUCUGCCCUGCCUAGCUGACAGCACGCUCGUCAGUACGAAACAAAAGAGAAAGGGUUUAAAGUGAGCGACAAAUCCCUGCAACUCCGCUACUUUGACGGGUUGGAAACGUGGCAAUCGGUUCAUGAGGCAAUAAACUCCAAUGCUGAAAUCAGUUGAUGAUUACUUGAAAAUGUGGUUCAGGACCCCUUUAAAUAUAAGCGUGCAUGUGUGCAUAUAUUCGUCUUUGGAGAAAUCUUAGUUCGAAAAUGCACCAUUUGUAACUGUUUCAAAAGGCUUAUUUGCUGCUCUGUGACUUAGGCCAAUCUGUGUUGCCAGGCAAAGCGAAUUUGCAUGCUACAGGACCGCCAAGAAACUUGCGCCUCCGGAAAUGUUUUGAGCCUGCACACUUGAAUACUUCAAAAGCCUUUGACCUGGUAUUGGUGCCUACAUUAGUCCCAAAGCUUAGUGAGCUGAUGACUUGGAAGGUGUUGCUUCACUGCUGCAUUGAAGUAUACCAUAGAAUAUGUGGAAUCAAUCAUAAGGGUCUAUAUGACCAUAUGCCAGGCACAUGUUUCAGUUCCUUUAUUUUAAUGAGCAAGUCAAGUAAACUUAUUAGCACAUUUAGAUAUAAUGCCACUUGCAUUCUUCUGUAUUCUUUAACUUUAUGUACCUUAAUUCUAAAACUCUGUAUUUUGCAAAUUGAUACAUUUGUGACAUGCACUGUUACGUUUAGAAAUUGAUGCUGAGCUGUGGUAAAAAUUGUGACAACAGUGCAUUUGCGGGACUCAAGUUUAGAAUGUCGAUGUGUACUUAACUUUUGCUCGCCAUACAGACAGCGUUGAAUUUUGCUGAAGCAAAUAUCUCUGACAGCGUUCUUUGUUUUUCCAGUUUUAUUGCUUGGUACCGACAAGAAUAGAUAGCCUGUAAUCUCACCGAAUUUCCUUUGGUUGUGAUUGAAUACUAACCUGUUUUGUGUACUUUGGUGUUUGCGCUAAGGACGCGAUUGGUCGGUGUUGUUGUACCUGCAGCUUGCACAAGAAAUGGCAUUGACAGUUGUUGCUAAGCCUGUAAGUAUUACACUGCCUUGUGUUUUUACUCUUGCCAUGGUGAGCCUGAACAUAUGCCAAAGUGGUGCACCUUUUUUGCUGCAAUAAAG